AUGGCCUCUCUUCGCGCGUCUCCUUUGUGCAAACGGGCGAGCCUGGGCCCGCUGGCCGAUUCGUCUGCCGCCUCGGAAGAAGAAGACGAUGAUAUGCCAAAAUACAACUACCGCGAACUCUAUGAUCUGGCACAUCGCCGCUUCCUCUACGAUGAAGCCAACAACGUCGCUCUGCUCCCCGAUGAAUUCCGCCAGUGGCCCAUCACCCUUGGCCCCGUCGAGCUCUCCACCGCCCAGCCCCCACCGCCGUCGGAUGAGCCCGGGACCUACCACAAGCGUCUCAGCACAAAGUACCGCCAACUCAACGAACACGGUUAUGUCAAAGCCCACGAGUAUCUACCUGGCCUGACCCCGGGUAGCCUUGAUCGUCAACACAGCAAGGCCACCUCCCUCGUGCUCCGGACUGAAAUUGCCAACAGCGUCAACGCACAUUUCCGCCACGGUGGCGAAAUGAAGGUCACCGCCCUUGAGGUUCUGGCUGCCCUCGAAUAUUUCCUUCCCGUCGUCAGUGAUUUUGAAUAUGAACACGGACGCGCUAGUCAUGUGUGGACCAAGUCAGAGGACGGUCGAGUUUGGUUGAAUACCUUCUUGGACCUUCUGCCCAGCCUCUGCGAUGUCGCCAUGCGUCAACUGGCUGCGGAUGAAGUCCUGCUCGAGCUCGAGUCGCCCACAUACGUCCUUGGCGAUUUGCACGGCAACUACCGUGACCUGCAGUAUUUUGCUUCCCAGUUUUGGCGCACGGGCGUCGACAUUUGCCCCUCCAACCUUCUCUUCCUGGGUGAUUACGUCGAUCGAGGACCUCAUUCGGUCGAGCUAAUCGCCUAUCUACUGGCCCUCAAGGUCCUAUACCCUAGCAAGGUCUAUCUCCUGCGUGGUAACCACGAACUUGAAUCGGUGUGCGGUAACAUUGAAUACUAUGGAGCUGGCUCUUUUCGCCACCAAUUGCACUCUCUCCUGGUGGCAGCUGGCCGAGGGGACCAGCUCGAGUCUACCUGGGGCGCUUUUAUGAAUUGCUUCAAUUGGCUCCCUUUAGCCGCCACCAUCGACCGCACUGUCUUCUGCUGUCACGCGGGUAUUCCCCGCGCCAUCAUGACCCAAGCCCCUACAAGCCCAGCCCAGAAUAUCCUUGAGCGCAUUAAAGCUAUGCAGCGCCCCCUCUGCGAGGACGACGACAUUGACGGCGCCCCCGAUUGCAUGGCCAUGGACAUGCUUUGGUCUGACCCCGCCUCAGGCCGUGACCUGCCUUUCAUGGGACAUCAGGGCCUGCCUGCGGGCUUUGCUCCAAACAUGGAUCGGGGUGGUGACUCUUGCGUCUUUGGCGAAGCCGCUGUUAAGGCCUUUAUGAAGCAGACAGGAUGUGACUUUAUGCUUCGCGCCCAUCAGCCUCCAGACAAGGGCAUCCGCUAUCAGACGGGCGCGCGCGUUGUGACUGUGUUCUCCAGCUCUCGCUACUGCGGCCUGAGUAACUCAGCCGCCCUGAUUGUCAUUUCCAAGUCCUCGAUGGACAUCGUCACCACGGGACCGACCGAUGAGGUGACCGAGCGUCCUGGUUCACCCUCCAAGCAGCAAAUGCGACAGGGCGUGACUGCCAACGCUGGAAACGCCAUGGACUCGCAAGCCGAUCAGCAGCAGCAGCAGCAGCAGCAGUCACAAACGCAAACGCCCCAGCGGGCGCCACGCGGCACCCUCCUCUAGGACAGGGUCAGAAGAGCGGCUUUGCCACAGUUAUUUCCUUGCCUUCGAUUGCAUGUUCAUUGUUGUUGCAUCUCAAUGCCAUUGAGCUAUGGUAUGCUUGUUCUUGGUGCUUCGCUUUCCCAUACUAAUCCCUACUUUCGCCUCCAUCUCUCCUCGUUGUUUGAGCCAUUAACCAACCUUCACUCGGGCUUUGUAGCUCUGCGAGGUUGAGCGUGUUUCGCCCCCUUGCCCAUUGUACAAAUGGACUUGCCCAAUCCACAAUUCAACGUGUACCC